UUGGCGAGUCUUGCAUCUUCCCCUGGCAUUCACUUCUGAUCAAUUUUUGAUCUGAUAUCCUAAGAUCCAACUUCGGGAGGUGAUUCAAAUGAAGCGAAAGAUCUCUUCCUGUAGCAUCGACAGUGAGCGAGAGAGGGAGGCGACGGCCCCCAACUCGUCUGUGAGAAAGCUGGGGUUGGUCUCUUCACCGCCUUCACCGUCCCCGCUGUCGCUGCCCUCUCCGUCGCCGCGGCCGCCUCCUCCAUCCCUGCCUCCGCCUCCGCCUCCGCCCUCGCUGCCUCCAUCAUCAUCGCGGCCGCCGUCAUCCAUCUCUACCUCAUCAAGAAACAAUUACGAAGUGUUCUUGAGUUUUAGAGGUCCCGAUACUCGCAAGGGAUUUGCAGAUUGCCUCUACACCAGCCUGAUUAAUGCAAGGAUCAUUGUCUUUAGAGACGAUAAUGAACUUGAUCCUGGAGAUAAUAUCCCUGAUGCAUUGGUUCAAUCCAUAAAGCAAUCCAAGAUAUCAAUACCCAUUAUCUCCAAGGAUUAUGCAUCCAGUAAGAGUUGUCUCAUGGAAUUGGCACAAAUGGUUGAAUGCAACGAAGCAGACGCUCAACUGAUCGUGCCCAUUUUCUAUGAUAUUGACCCCGCUGAUUUAAAAUACCAACGUGGAUGUGUUGGGGAGUCCUUCAGUAAACACGAGAGCCGUGGAAUUGACCGCGAGGUCAUUAAAAAAUGGAAGGAGGCUCUCGAAAAGAUUACUGUGACGAAGGGUCAUGAUCUGCGGAAUACAGAAAUUGGUCAUGGUGCACUCAUAAAGAAAGUUGUUUCCGAUAUUCUAGAGUGGUUGAAGAAGAAUGAUUUAGAUGUGACUGACGGUUUAGUGGGCAUGGAACCCCGCGUACGGGAGGUUAUGAAAACGCUUGGUGUCAUCUAUGUCAAUGAGCAGGCAACCGGAGUAUAUGACAAAGAUGUACGUGUACUUGGGAUAUGCGGCAUGCCAGGGAUUGGCAAGACUACCCUUGCAAAGGUUGUGUACAACAAAAUCCAUAGUCUCUUUCAACGUUGUAGUUUUCUUUCAAAUAUUCACGAAAAUGUUGCAUUUAAUGGACUCAUGGGCCUCCAAGAACAGUUAAUCUCAGACCUCCGAAGGCAAGAGUUUACAAGGCUAGAAACUCUUGACAAAAAAACUGAAGCCAUAAAAAUUUCAUUGAGAGGAAUGAAAGUUCUCAUUCUCCUUGAUGAUGUGCAUCAUUUUGACCAAAUCAAGCAUUUAGUUGGGGAUCUAAGUUGGUUUGGCCCAGGAAGCAGGAUUCUCAUGACGGUUGGAAAUAGUAAUGUUCUUGAUGGUUACGGAAAUGGAGUGGCUUAUAAGUAUGAGGUUGGAGAAAUGGGGCCUCCUCAAGCUCUUAAACUUUUCCACAUGCAUGCUUUUCGUGAGUGUACUCGCGAAGAGGAGGAUGAGUAUGAUUCUCUGUCGAAAGACAUUGUUGGCAUUAUUGGAGGUAUUCCAUUUGCUAUUGAAGUAACAGCUUCAUUCUUGCAUAAGAAUAAGGGGGGAAGGCGAAUAUGGCAACAUACAUUGGAUACCUUAAGAAGGAGGCCAGAAGAUAAAGUCCAAAAAGUGAUCCAGUUAAGCUAUGACUCUUUGCAUGAAGAGACGCAAGAGAUAUUUCUCGAUAUAGCAUGUUUUUUCAUUGGAACGGAUCACAAAAUUCCCCCGUACAUGUGGUGUGCAUGUAACUAUGAUCCAAGAGGAAUCAUGAUUCUCUGUGACAUGGGUUUAGUCAAAAUAGGAGAAAACAGUGAAUUAUUGAUGCACAAUCAACUAAGAGAGUUUGGCAGGGAAACUGUUAGGAGGCAAGAUCCCCAUGAGCCUCGAAACCGAAAUAGGUUAUGGAAUCACGUUGAUGCACUUUCCACGCUUAAUGGAGAGCAGAGUCUUAGUAGUGUGGAAGCCCUUGGUCUCACAUUUGACGAGGGACAAAGUGAAUGUUUUAGAUGUGAAAGAUUUAGCCAUCUAGGGCGCUUGAGGUUCUUGAGAUUGGACAGGGCUACUGUUGGAGGGAGUUCUUGGGAUGUAUUCGGCUAUCUAGGGCGCUUGCGUUUGCAGAUAUUGGACCCGGCCACUGUUGGAGGGAGUUCUCAGAAUGUUAUUUCAAAUUUAAGGUGGCUUGAUUGGCAAGGGUGCAGCCAGAUCUCUGAACUACUUAUUUUCCAUUUGGAGAAACUGGUCAUUCUUGAUCUAUCUCGUAGUAAGGUCACUGGAGGUUCACAAGUAUGGGGACAAAUCCUGAAGAAGGCAAAGGAAUUGAAAGUUUUGGACCUCAGUAGCUGUCGUGACCUGAAUGCUUUUCCAGACUUCCGUGCUUCGAUGUACUUAGAGAGAUUAGUCCUGGAACGUUGUUCGGCACUAUCCCAAAUUGGUCCAUUGAUAGGUAAUCUAAAGAACUUAGUCUCCUUAAAUCUUAAGUUCUGCACAUUCGUCAGCGCCUUGCCGCAAGAACUGUGUCAUAUGAAAGAUUUGGAAGAACUUCUGAUUGAUGGAACUGCCAUUAAGAGGAUUGAUUUCGAACUAGCGUCCAUGAAGAAACUUAAGAUUCUGAGCGCUUGCCAAUGUGGAAGUUUGGCUCAUGUAUCACCCUCUAUUGGUCACUUGGAAUCUCUUGAGCAUCUUCGACUGGAUGGUGCCGCUAUUGAACGCCUACCAGAAUCUAUUAAGUCCUUAAAGAAACUUCGGAGGCUGCUUCUAGGAAAUUGUCAGAAUUUACUUGAGCUUCCUGGUUCCAUUGGGAAUCUUGAGUCACUGGAAGUCAUGGAUCUAUCCAGCACCAAGAUUGCUAGUUUACCUAGGUCCGUCAAGCAUUUGAAAAAUUUGAAAGUGCUGAAGAUGGAGAAUACUCACUUAGAAAAAUUCCCCAAAGAUAUAAAAAAUCUAGAAAAGCUGGAAGAGAUAGAUCUUUCAAAAUGCUGGAAUCUGAAGGCGUGGAUUGUCUGGGAUAUCAGAGGAUUAUCCUCUUUGAAAAUCUUGAAUUUAGCAUCUACCAAGAUUUCUGGCCUACCCUGGACCCUUCCAUUGCUCUCUGAUCUCCAACAAUUAGAUUUAAGUGAAUGUGACCAACUUUGGGAUUUGCAAAGACUUCCAUCAAGUUUAAGCAUUCUUCGCUGGGGAUCCAAAAAAAUGUGGACGGUGCCAGACCUUUCUUUCUUGAGAAACUUGAAAGAGCUGUACUUGAGUGAUAACUUUGAUCCUACUGAUCCAAUGAAGAAUUCUUCCUCUGAGCCACCAGAAAUUGGAUGGUUAACAAGACUAGCGAAUCUAGAAAUCUUGGAGUUGUGCCUCUCAAACAUCACCAAGCUACCUGAACAUUUUAAUAAACUUCAACUUAGAAAACUUGUUUUGCACCACGCAAAAUUGCGUGACCUCAGAGAGCUACCCUCUAGCUUAUCGGUAUUGUGCCUCCAGCGCUGUGUGAUUCAAUGUUCACAAUUUUCUACGGUGAGAAGUCUAUCUGAAUUAGAACUCGAAAACUGUCUCCUGGCAGCGACUGUCAGUCUUGAUAAUUUGAGGCGAUUGGAACUUCUGAAAAUAUCCCACUGCUAUGUGCGAACACUUGAUGGGCUGGAAAAUUUGCCUCGUUUUAGAAGGCUCACUUUAGACGCCUGCCCUUCAUUGACCGGAUUACCUGAUCAAACAAACCGUACAUUCGAAAUCGAUGGGUAUAGUUUCCCAGAAGAACAAAUAGUCGGCACUUAUGUUGCUCGCACCUAGGGUCAGAAUAUUGUGGGAAUGCUUCAAGAAUGAUUCCGACUUAUGAGUGAAGAUCUUGCUGCACAACGGAUCUUCGGUCUAUCUUCAAUGACAAGUCGGAGGCUUUUCUGGAAGUCAAAUUUCUGUGCAGUGUUCUCUCCACCUCGUGUGGGCUUGGAACUUCUCUGUUGGAAGGCCCGACCUUGUGGUUUGGGACAGAUUUACUAGCAGUACACCGGGUGGGCUGGGAUGGAUACUCAAUAUCAGAAUGAUACUUGGUGGAGGAGGAGAGAUGGCUGGCUCUUUUGUUUGAAUGGGAGAUUUGUAGCCUUGAAGCCCGGUGGGUGCAUGUUGAGAAGAUAAGCCGAUGGGACUUGAGCGUGGACGCGUGCAGUCGCAUACUGCUCCUUCCUUUUGGGCAGAGGCUUGAAAGAUUGACAGGGGAGUUGCAGCUGCAGCAAGCGAUGUCGGUGUCGGUAACUAAAAAGUAGCAAUAAUAGCGCAUUUCCCCUAUCUGUGUGUCGGUGUUGCAACGAGCGUCAAAUGGGCAAUCAUUGUCUGAUUUCUGUUCUGAUCAAUACACCGAUCCCGAGUCCGUAUCAUGCAACUUCGAUCAGGCACUGCGUUUUUCCAUCAAACAUUGAUGUGCUGCAUUUUCCGCUGUGCUCGAGCUCUCUUAUUUGACGGCUUAUUAUGCGACGGUCAUAUGAUGUUAGCACUUCCACAAGCCACAAUAAUUCGUUUGUGUUUUUCAAAAUGGAUUCGCCACCAUAAAAGCUUAUUAUACUAUAUUUGGCCAUGUGAUAGGGAGAAGAACUCACAUGCUUCUGUUCUAUGAUGAUCGUUUUCUCUCUUUUUUCUUUGCUAUUGAGAAUGGUGACUCGUGGUUGAUUUUCCUGAGGAAGCCUCCGAGAUGUAUCUGGAACUAGAAUACAUCAUAGGGUCAUCUUGUCAUCUUAAACUUCUGCUCUAAUGAGGACAAUACAUGUAGACUAUAUAUAGAGAGAGUGAAGAAAAAAACAUCGAACUUUUCUUGCAGGAGAGAGGAGAUGCAGAGUGCUUUCAGGUACCUUUAGAAUAUGUUGUUUGAUAUGGAUUUCAAGUAUGGAUUUCUACUUUGUCACGAGAAAUAUUGGAGCAUCUCGAGUCUUACCGUCCGUUGGCCGCGCAGAUGCCUUAAAUAUUUUCGUGUUUUCUUCGAGCAACAGCCUUUGGCUGCCAAGAACACUGCCUGUCAUGACAGCCUUUGGCCGUGCAAACUCCUCCAAAUUUUCUGAGUGACUGUAGUUUGGCUUUCGGCUCUGCUCGGAGCGACGAAUAUGUGCAUGGAAGCUCUACACGGUUGAAAUAACUACAUAAGCAAACCUUUCCAGCAGUAGAUACAGUUAUUUGUUAUCGAUUCAUCGAGAAGAUUUCCGGCACUUGCAUUUAGCUGCGUCAAUGAAUGUACCGACUGUACCAAUCUAUAGCUUAUGCCGGAGUAAUCUCACUUUAUCAUGUGCCGUUCUAUCACAGUAGUAAAUGAAGAAGAAUCGCUCCUCUGUGCUGAAGAUUGACUUGAAAGGAUGAAACCCUGCAGAGCGAGUCUCUUGAAUGAAGUUGGAUUUCUUAUUCC